AUGGUUGAAUUCAAGGUUAUCAAGGGAUCAUCGACUGGCAUCCUUGUGGACGCAGUGUCUUCUCGUGAGAUCAAGUCUGAUGAGGUGCUGAUUAAUGUAACGCACAGUGGCGUUUGCUUCACAGACCAUCACUAUCGACAAGCGGACAUGGCGCUGGGCCAUGAAGGUUCAGGAGUGGUAAACCAGAUUGGCUCCGACGUAACACGAUUCAAAGUUGGUGAUCGUGUUGGAUGGGGGUACCAGCAUAACAGCUGUGGGCACUGCAAACAGUGUCUUACGGGCCGAGAGACAUUCUGCGCUGAGCGUGAAAUGUUUGGCCUCGCCAACUUCGAUCAAGGAUCCUUCGCAAGCGCCGCGGUAUGGAAGGAAGAUUUCAUUUACAAGAUUCCGGACAAUAUUUCGUCCAGUCAUGCUGGCCCACUGAUGUGCGGCGGAUCUACAGUCUUCAAUGCCUUGAAACUCAACGGUGUGCGCAGCACUGAUCGAGUAGGAGUCAUUGGAGUUGGCGGUUUGGGCCACUUGGCGAUUCAAUUUGCCUCCCAAAUGGGCUGUGAGGUUGCAGUGUUCUCUUCGACAGAGCAAAAGCGAGCUGAAGCCCUCGCGUUCGGAGCAAAUGAGUUUUAUCCCACAAAGGGUGUCGAAAAGCUUGAAAUCCGCGCUCCAAUUGACCACUUGUUGGUAACAUCCAACGCUCAGCCGGAUUGGAGCCUGUACUUGCCAAUAAUGGCUCCAGAGGGGACAAUCUACCCCAUCACAGUGUCUUUUGAAAAGCUUGCAGUGCCAGCAAUGGAUCUUAUUAUGGGUGGUUUGAGGAUUCAAGGGGGCAUGAUUGCUCCCCGACAAAUUCAUCGUGAGAUGUUGGAGUUUGCAUCUCGGCAUAACAUUAUCCCUGUAGUGGAAGAAUUUCCAUUGACAGUGGCCGGUGCUACAGAAGCACUUCAAAGGCUUCUUGAUGGAAAGAUGCGAUACCGUGGAGUUUUGGUCGCACAAAAAUAGUGAUCAAGCU